AUGACUCAAGACCUCCCAUCGGCCCAGCCACGCCGUCAGCAGUCCCCCGCCUCCAGCCCUGCUCGUACACCAGGCGACUCACAAGACUUGGGUGACGAUAUCAGCAUCCCAUUUCCAGUUAUGAACCAUGAGAGCCUCACAGAGCCUUACAACGCCGACCAGAGCAACCAGGCUGACUUUGAACGAGAAGUAGCAGAAGGAAUUAUGCGUCUUAUGAUGAACAUACGCGCAUGGGCUGAGGCACGUCCUGCGCAUGAGGCUACUCAAGAAAAGGAGCGCCUCAUUUCCGAAAUCCAACAAAUCGAGAGUCGUGAACGCGAGCAAGGCACGUCUGUUCCUUCAUUUUGGGGUGCGCUCGCGUCCAGCAUUGCACCCUAG